CUUCGCAUCACUCCUUUCAUUGUGUUGCAACUAGUAUCGACUCAACAUCCAUGCGCGGCACGCAGCGCAAGUCCGCCGCACAUGCCUCGGCGUUGAUUGUCGCCCACCAGCAGCAUUUUGCUCGUGAGCGUGAGCGUGCCCGCGGCGACGCGCGUGCUGACCAUCGCCAUGCAAAGAAGAGCCGAGCGCAAAGCCAAAGCCGUCCGUCGCGACGCAACAACCGCGAUCGCAGCGACCAGGACGACAGCACAGGCGAUGACAAUGACGAUGACAAUGACGAUGGCAACGGUGAUGAUGACGGUGGUGAUGGCGUCGAGCACGCACAGAUCAGCCAUGAGGACGACGGCGAGGACGACCGCGAGGACGACCGCGAGGACGACUCACGACGACAUCCCGCUCGCAACGCCAACCACGCGACAGUCAAGCAAGCACAAACCAAAGAGCCUUCGUCCGUCAGGAGCAUGCAUUCGAAGCGAGCAAGAACCGCAAGCGGACUCGGUCGCACGACAAGUGCUUCUCAGAAUGCGAAACAGGUGCAGAGCGACGAGGACGAAGGUCACGAUGAUGAUCACGAUGAUGAUCACGAUGAUGAUCAUGAUGUUCACGAUGAUGAUCAUGAUGAUCCGGACCACCAUGGCACCUCAGCGUCCAAGCGAGGCAAUGCACGCGAUGCUCCCGUCGAUCGAAGGUCGGUCGGACGCCGAACUGCAGAGCAUGCUACUUCAAGCGAAAAUGAUGAUGAUGAUGAUCUUGAGGACGAGCGCGCAGGCAACAGGCAAAACAAGCCGAAAUCGCACGCCAUGCGACCAACCAACAGCAGGUCUGCCUCGGACGACGCCAGCGACUCGGAGCGUCCCAAGAGAGCCGCCAAACCGCCAGCUCACGAACCGACCAGCAAAGCGGCUGUUCAGUCGGUGGUGGGCUCGCGUCUAGCUCGCCGCUCGACCCCGCGAGUGGUACAGACGGAUUCCGACGAGGAGAGCAGCACGACACCGGGAAAAUCGACCGCAUCGAACUCCUCCCGCCCUCAACGCCAUCAAUCGUUGGCUUCGAGUUCCAAGCUGGCACGUCCCACAAGUCAAGGUCGUCGAUCCAGACAGAUUGACUCUUCGUCUGAAGACUCUGCCGACUCGCAGUCAGACUCUUCAAGCGAUGCAUCCGUCCUGGAGCUCGAGGACGAGGAGGAAAACGAGGAUGAUGAAGAGGAUGACGAUGACGAUGACGACAGCUCAACCGCUCACCAUUCGUCUGCUCGCCGAAAGCUUCGUAAUUUGCCCACGCGCGCUUCUGCUCGGCAUUCGAGUGGCAAGGAAAGCAGAAUCGACGGCUAUGAGAGCGACGACUUUGGCCGUGCUUACUCGUUGCGCGACCGGAAACAAAUGAUCCCAAGGAGCCUUCUCGUGGACGCCUUGCCGGGCGACGUACUGCCAGUGCAGCGACGGCGCAGUACCAGUCUGCAUCACAACAUUAAUUCCGGUAUUCCUCGAUUCUCAGAGACGUGUCCGCGUCCAACACGGCGAAAUUCAAACACCGACAGCAACAGCAACAGCAACAGCAACAACACCAACAACAAAAACAACGAUGACACGGAAAAUCCAAGCGACCCUGAAGACCGAUUUGCUCAAAAGGCAUGGAAGAGCGCAAUCAAGGCGCGCUCUCGCACUCUGCCGAUGAACAUGACCGAAGACGAACUGCAGGCUGGAGCCCGAGCAAAGUCGAACGCCAGCGGAGUGCCGAGCACCCCGGCGGACAUUGACCCCAUGCUCCUCGACUCGAAGGUCACCUUUGAUGCCGUGGGUGGUCUCGGCCACCAUGUCUUGGCUUUGAAGGAAAUGGUGAUUCUGCCCCUGCUCUAUCCGGAAGUCUUUUCCAAGCUCGGCAUUGCGCCUCCGCGAGGAGUCUUGUUCCACGGGCCGCCUGGCACCGGCAAGACAUUGGUUGCGCGUGCUUUGGCGAACGAGUGCUCCCAGGCUGGUGGCCGCAAGGUGGCCUUCUUUAUGCGCAAGGGCGCAGACUGCCUGAGCAAGUGGGUGGGCGAGAGUGAGCGGCAGCUCCGGAUGCUCUUUGACCAGGCCUUUGCCAUGCGUCCGUCCAUCAUUUUCUUUGACGAGAUUGACGGUUUGGCGCCGGUGCGCUCGAGUCGCCAAGACCAAAUCCACUCGUCCAUUGUAUCAACUCUGCUGGCCCUGAUGGACGGCAUGGACAAUCGCGGCGAAAUUGUCAUCAUUGGCGCCACCAACCGCGUGGAUGCGAUCGAUCCCGCCCUGCGACGACCCGGUCGAUUUGAUCGCGAGCUCCACUUUCCUCUUCCAUCCACGUCCUCGCGUGCCUCCAUUCUUGGCAUUCACACCAAAGCAUGGAGUCCUGCUCUCGCGCCGCCGUUGCUGAAGUGGUUGGCCGAGCGCACUGUGGGCUACUGUGGCGCCGAUCUCAAGGCUCUGUGUGCAGAAGCAGGCUUGGUCGCACUUCGACGGAAUUUCCCGCAAAUCUAUGGCACUCGAGACAAGCUUGCCAUCGAUCUUUCCAGAGUCAAGGUCACCCAAAGCGAUCUGGUGCACGCGUUGCGCAAGGUCACACCGGCCUCCCACCGCUCUGUCAUUCCGGUCGGACGGCCGCUCUCGUCCUGGCUCGAGCCUUUGCUCGGCAAGCUCACGUUCAAGGUCAUCAAGGCAAUUGCGACGCUCCUCUCUGUUCCGCGCCCCACAAUCAACAUUCCCGCCUACGCAGCCGAAUGGUUUGAAAAGGAGGCCAAGCACGCCAAACCCAACGGCAAGGAGACGUCCGCCAGCGGCAGUGCUGUUGGCAGCAGCGAAAGCACGUCCCAGUCUGCAGCAGGUCCAACGGCAUCUCUUGCCGAUGCCAUCGAGCUCAUCGAGGCAGACUUUACAGACGAGCUGGGCUGGAUGGCGCCAACUCACCGGCAGGGCGAUGACCAAGACAGCGUCGACAGCGCCAACGCCGACGCCAACGCCAACGCCAACGCCAACGCCAUGGCAACGAAUGGGGAUGCCAUGCUGACCACGCCAGGACUGUGGGACCACGUGGACCAUCCCCGCGCGCGCGUCUUGUUGCUCGGUCGAGCGGGAGAUGGAGAUGGCCAAGCAAUGCAUAUCGCGCCAGCGGCGCUGCACGCGCUCGAAAAUGUGCCCAUCUUCACGGUGGACCUUCCUACGCUUAUUGCUGACGUGUCUGCCAAGUCUCUUGAGGAGGCCUGUGUCAAUUUGUGCCGAGAGGCGCGCCGCCGUGCCCCGUGCGUGCUCUACAUUCCGCAGAUUGAAAACUUUUGGGAGUCGAGCAGCGAAGAGGUGCACGCGACUUUGCUGUCGCUGGUGCUCGGAAUGCCGCCGACGUUGGCUGUUUGCGUGUUUGCCACUUCCAGUCACACCACUCGCGACCAGCUGCCGGCUCCGCUCCUGGCCAUCUUCCAUCGCGCGACGGUGUGCAUCUCUGCCACCUUCCCUCGCAACGAAAAGAGCAUGGCCAAAUUCUGGCAGGACAUUCCGCAGAGAGUGCUGGCCCUGCCUCCUGGUACGUUUAAAGCGAGCGACCUGGCCAGCGACGGCUCGGUCGACCCCGUGCGUGUGCGGCAACGACGCCUGCUCGAGCGAAAGGAGCAAUUGCUCCGAGAACCAUUGCAAGUCGUUCCGCCAGAGUCGACCGCUGGCAGUGGAACGGCCCACCUCACUCCGCGCGAGUUGGACGCAAUGCGCGAGUAUGAGACGACCAUUCUGCGCAAUCUCCGCAUCUUUCUGCGCAACGUCCUGAAUCAGCUGACGGGAAAUCGCCGUCUGCGUAUCUUUGCGCGACCGGUCGACAGCGAUGCGCACCCAGACUACGCGCUGCUGGUGCCAAAUCCCCUUUGCCUCAAUGACAUGGUCCGUCGCCUGGACGACCACGAGUACGAGUUGCCAUCCCAGUUCACGCAAGACGUCGAGCACAUUGUCGAGAAUGCGCGAAUCUACAACGAGCCCGAUGACCCAGAUCAUGUCAUUAGCCGUGCACGAGAGCUCGAAGACCAAGCAAAGUCCGUCAUGGACACGAUGAACACGGAGUUUCUGGAGGCGGCGGAACAAGUUUACCAGCGCCGUGUGGCUCGCGGUUUCCAUUCGCCAGGCCAGGCCCUCGGUGCUUGGCAAGAGGCUGCCCGUGUUCGCCGUCACGAGGCCCUCGCAGAUCCGGCGGCCAACGUUGCUCGUGCACACGCCCUCCGAUUGGAGGCGAGACAAGGACGAUCAGGAACACAGUCCGCCGCCAACGCAUCGCAAUCUGCGACCAGUGCCACGCGUCGCUCCCUUCGUGGCAGCAGCGAAAACUUUGAGGCAAUCGAGCUUGCAUCGCCCGUUCGUGUGCGGCGCAAACGAAGCAGCAGCAGUAGCCGAUCGUCUCCCGAGGUGGCCCCUGCCGAAGAUGAGGCGGAGCAACCUGAGCAAUCUGAGCAACCGGAGCAACCGGAGGAUGGUCAGACGACCGACGUGGAGGGAAAUCUUGGCGAGCACCCGACACGCAAACGUGUUCGAAUCGAUGACGACGGCGCCAGCGAACAACUGGAGGCUGACAACGCGGCCGCGAGCGUAGCUGUUGAAGUUGGAUCUGUGGUGGCUGCACAAGCGUCUGCACCCAGCUCCGACACAAGCAAGGACGACGUUGCAUCCCAAACGGCAGAAAGUCAUGCCGCUGCGGUCGAACCUGACAUCGCUCUGGUCGUCAAGUACGAACCCGAUCGUCUCAACGCGCUGAUGGCAUCGUUGCGUUCGGUGGGAGCUGCUGAGCCCACCAUCCAGACCCUCGAAGAGUUGCGCUUGUCAAUUUUGACACUGACUCGCGACUCGCUUUGCAAAGUCGACAAGCACUCGCUAGUUGAGGCCCUCAUCAAGCUUGUCAGCAAGAAAGCGUUCCAACCUGUGAUGUCAGCUCCGCCCUCCUACCAGAACUCUCCCAGCGCUGAGCGGUAGGGGGAUCCUUUCCAGUUUUGACUGUGUGUGGUGCUUUUUGUUGCUGCGAGCGUUCAUGUGAAAUCGAUCGGUUUUGUCUACAACUGUCAUUUGCAGGGAUACCUGUAGACGUUGAAC